CAUUACUUUGGCCACACUUCUAAGUGGCUUGAAAACAAAUUGCGCCUUCUCAUUUUUAUUAUGUUCAUUUACAUACUAUGCAUUUAGCAGAAUCGGGCACAAUAACUUAUAUCUAGUGCCCAGCCCAGCUAGUAAUUUUCAUCUCCAAUGCGGCGUUCCAAGGCUCCUUCCAUGCGCCGCGCAGCAAAGCGCGAGAAUGAAGAUCCGCAUCCAAAAGUGGAACCACAGUCACCCUGCUCCUGGCCCAACAGCACUCUACCCAGCGAAUGGGGCACCUCAGGGGGCUCCCAAAGCCUGGGACCCCGAGCACUCAAGGCAGGCGAGAAUCCCCUCAAAGACAGCCGCAUCUUCCACGUGCUCUGGCGCAAUCAGACCACCAAAAAGCACAAGACGUGGACUGGCAACGGAACCCUGGUGGUCACCGGAUCCGUAGUAACGUUAAAGGAUGACACUGGCAAGGUGGUGGACACCAUGACAUGCUUUAGGCAGCGGGAACUCAGGGAAAACGAUCAGCUGGAAGUGGGCAGCAGGGAUGUGGAGGUUCAGGAGGAAAUUAAAACUGUGGAGGAGUGCUUUACGCAGCGCCAGUUGGAAAUAGACAAUUGGUGCCAGAAAAUAGAUGCCCAGAAUGGUUAUGCAGACACCUCUUCACCACUUCUUAUAGCCAGGGCUCCCUUCAAGAAGAUCAAGAGCGAGGCGGAUGCACUGACUCCAUCGCAUAUGGAGAUCGUCCAACAUAAAAUGAAACAUGUUUCUUAUGAAGCCCCCACUUCCGGCACUUCGCAUGUGUUGGAGAAGAAAAUGUGUGAACAAAAUUCUUUAAAGAAAGAUAAUCCCCCCAUGGAAUUCACUCAAUCGGAAUUUCUGUGUCUACUAGCUCCAGCUGAACUACAGAAAAGAAUACUAAUUUUUCUUUCAGACUAUGCGGAAACUUCCAAAGUGAAAUCGCCAUUGUUGAAGGAAGUGGUGCGAACUGUUUGCGACCAUCCUGUGCUCCUAAAGACUUUGGUCAAUAAAACAGAGUUGCAGGAACUAAUGGAGGUACUGGACACCAUACUACCGCCCUGGCCAGACAUGGGACUGUACGAUUCCGCCAAGUUUGAGUUUCUACACGUAAUGCUGGACAAUUUAGUGGCAGAGCGAGGAGAGAAAUGCUGCAUUUUGGCAAACAGCGAGGAUUGCCUUACCCUGGUUAGGGGCUACUGUCAGAGUUAUAGUUUAGACCAUGCGCAGCUAGAUGGUCCCAAGAAGGUGGAUUUAUUUAAUUCUCUUGCGGAAGGGGAACCCAUGGUUGGCUUGAUUCUGACCAGUGACUUGUCGCAGCUUCGAGCUCUCCGCUGCAAACAUCUAAUAAUUUAUAAUCUCAAUGCCAGGGAGCAUGCCAAUAAACUGCUGGCCGUUGGGGCAAUGGACACGACAAUAUACACUCUCAUCACAGCUGGAGGUUCCACGGAGGAGUUGCAGUUCUAUAGUCAAAUGGCCGGAAAUACAGAUGAUAAUUUGGCAGACUGGACCGCAAUUGAGCCACCUUUUGACUGUGAUUUCUUUGAGGAAACUGCUAUUUCGGAUAGUCUGGAUUGUAUUCAGCGGGUUUAUUCAAGAAAAAUUAAGGUGAAAACUUGAACAACUAAAUAUAAUAAAAAUACUUGAACUCCAA